UUAGAGGCCAGUCAUUCGAUACAACUUCAAGGAGGUAAACCAUCCCUCCACUUCCAUUAGCCCUUUCUGGCAUUAAGACUGUCUCGUGCAUCGGAGUGCCCUCUAGCCAACCUUGUGCCAGACGACACUAACGUUGCCGCUCCUUGUGCAGUUAGGCCACCAAGAAGGGAAGCUGGAUCACGAGGCAGGCGCUAGCUUACGGGAACACUAAACUUGGUUUUUCCAGUGCUGGGUGUUUCGUAAAAAAGCUGUGAUUGGGAGUGUGUGCUCGGGUGUUGAGGCCUGAUGGAAAUUGAAGGACGACUGAUUGCGGGUUCACGCAAUAGGAAUGAGUUUGUUCUGAUUAAUGCUAAUGAGAUUGGACGCGUUACAUCUGUGAGGGAACUAAGCGGGCAGAUUUGCCGGAUUUGUGGAGAUGAGAUUGAAGUUAACGUCAAUGGGGAGCCGUUUGCUGCCUGCAACGAUUGUGCAUUCCCAGUUUGCAGAACUUGUUACGAGUACGAAAGAAGAGAGGGAUGUCAAGCAUGCCCUCAGUGCAAAACCCGCUACAAGCGCAUCAAAGGGAGUCCCCAAGUCGAUGGCGAUGAAGAGGAAGAAGAAUUCGAUGAUUUGGAUAACGAGUUCGAACACGGGAGCAACGGUCCUCAACACGUUUCAGAGGCAGCACUCUUUUCUCACCGCAGCACUGGCCGCGGUCAUGCUCCCUUUGUUGAGAUGGAGUCCUCUGCCCAAAAUCCAGGAAUCCCUUUCCCAGCCUAUGACCAAGAGGAUGCUGUGAUCUCGUCCCAUAAGCAACCUCUCACAAUUCCUCUGUCUACGAGUCACGGGAAGCAAGUCUGCCCGGUGCCACCCCGACCGAUGGAUACUAAGAAAGACUUGGCCGUAUAUGGGUAUGGUACAGUUGCGUGGAAAGACAGAAUGGAGGCGUGGAAGAAAAGGCAGAAUGACAAACUUCAAAUUCUUGAGCAUGAACCAGAUAGUGGAGAUGAUCCUGAUUUUUUUGGGUUGGAUGAAGGCAGGCAGGCACUUUCGAGGAAACUGCCAAUUUCAUCAAGCAGGAUAAACCCAUACCGAAUCAUCAUUUUACACCGAUUUGUGAUUCUUGGGCUGUUUUUCAACUAUAGGGUUCGGCACCCGGUACAUGAUGCCUAUGGCUUGUGGCUGACCUCAGUGAUUUGCGAAAUAUGGUUCGCCCUUUCGUGGGUGCUUGACCAGUUACCAAAAUGUUUCCCGAUUGAGAGAGAAACGUACCUAGAUAGAUUAUCACUAAGGUACGAGAAAGGGGGGAAGCCUUCUGAGUUAGCUCCUAUAGACGUACUUGUUACUACUGUGGAUCCGACGAAAGAACCGCCACUUACGACGGCAAACACGGUUCUGUCGAUCCUUGCCGUGGAUUAUCCGGUAGACAAGAUUGCUUGCUAUGUCUCUGACGACGGCGCGGCCAUGCUCACUUUUGAAGCCCUCGCUGAAACGUCCGAGUUUGCGAGGAAGUGGGUCCCGUUUUGCAAGAAGUUCAAUAUCGAGCCUCGUGCCCCGGAGUGGUAUUUCGCUCGGAAGGUCGACUAUCUUAGGGACAAAGUUAAUCCUUCUUUUGCGAGGGAACGUCGUGCAAUGAAGAGGGAAUACGAAGAGUUCAAAAUUCGAAUAAACGGGUUGGUGGCCAUGGCACAUAAGGUUCCUGUGGAGGGUUGGACAAUGCAAGAUGGGACCCCAUGGCCCGGUAACAAUCUCAGGGACCAUCCUGGAAUUAUUCAGGUGUUCCACGAUGGUGUCUAUGAUGUUGAAGGAAACCAGUUGCCUCAUCUCAUUUAUGUUUCUCGUGAGAAGAGGCCUGGAUUUGAUCACCACAAAAAAGCUGGUGCGAUGAAUGCCCUGGUGCGAGCCUCUGCAGUCAUAUCUAAUGCUGCUUACCUACUCAAUCUCGACUGUGAUAACUAUAUAAACAACAGCAAGGUGCUCCGCGAAGCUAUGUGCUUCAUGAUGGACCCUGCCUCUGGGAAGAAAAUAUGCUAUGUUCAGUUUCCUCAUAGGUUUGAUGGGAUUGAUCGUCAUGACCGAUAUGCAAAUCGCAACACUGUAUUCUUUGAUAUAAAUAUGAAAGGCUUGGACGGGAUCCAAGGACCCAUUUACGUUGGAACUGGAUGUGUGUUUAGGAGACAAGCGCUCUAUGGCUCUGAUGUUCCAGCCAAGAAGAAAGCCACAGGGAAGGGAUGCAAUUGUUUGCCUAAAUUGUGUUACUGCUGUUGUGGUUAUUCCAGAAACACAAGUAAGAAAGGGCAGUCAAAGGAAAACAAGAAGAUCAAGAUCAAGAGCAGGGAGGCUUUGGCAGAAAUACAUGCUCGUGAAUGUAUUGAGGAAAGUGUUGAAGGAAUAGAAAAUGAAAAAUCGUACCUCAUGCCCCAGAUGAAUUUUGAGAAAAAGUUUGGACAAUCACCGGUUUUUGUUGCCUCAACGCUGCAAGAGGAAGGUGGAGUUCCACCUAGAGCAAUUUCUGCGUCGAUAUUGAAAGAAGCACUUCACGUUAUUAGCUGUGGUUACGAGGAUAAAACAAAGUGGGGAAAAGAGGUUGGAUGGAUUUAUGGAUCGGUUAUUUUAACCGGAUUCAAGAUGCAUUGCCACGGCUGGCGGUCCGUGUACUGCAAUCCCAGAAGGCCUGGAUUUAAGGGAUCAGUACACAUAAAUCUUUCAAAUCGCUUGCACCAGAUUCUUCAACAGGCCUCGGGAUCCAUUGAGAUUUUCUUGAGUAGCCACUGUCCACUUUGGUAUGGUUACGGGUGUGGUUUAAAACCACUAGAGCGAUUCGCGUAUAUCAACUCAGUUGUGUAUCCAUUUACAUCCAUUCCGUUGAUCACUUAUUGUACCUUACCGGCUGUCUGUCUCUUCACUGGGAAGUUCAUCGUCCCUGAGAUCAGCAACUAUGCAAGCAUUGUGUUCAUGGCCCUCUUCAUAUCAAUCGCUGCAACAAGUAUCCUAGAGAUGCAAUGGGGACGGGUGACCUUAGACGAUUGGUGGAGGAACGAGCAGUUUUGGUUGAUCAGCGGCGUCUCCUCCCAUUUCUUUGCCCUCUUCCAAGGCCUUCUUAAGGCCUUGACAGGUGUCAAUGCAAACAUCACUGUCGCCUCCAAAGACGGAGGCAACGAGGAGUCUUUGGAGCUCCACCUCUUCAAGUGGACGUCCUUGUUGAUUCCUCCGACGACUCUUUUGAUCAUCAACGUUAUCGGGGUUAUAGUCGGGGUUGCUGACGCCGUCAACAAUGGUUACGAUAUGUGGGGAUUGCUGUUUGCAAAGUUCUUCUUUGCUCUAUGGGUGAUUUUACAUCUCUACCCUUUCCUCAAAGGUCUGAUGGGGAAACAGGCCGGAGUUCCUACGAUCAUCAUGGUAUGGACGAUUCUCUUGGCUUCGAUUUUAUCCCUUUUGUGGGUCCGGAUCGACCCGUUUUUACCCAAAGGUGACAUUGUGUUGGAAGUUUGUGGGUUGGAUUGCAACUAAAAGGAUGCACAAACAGAAACUUGUAUACAUUUCUGGGGCGGAAACAAAUUUUUUAAUUAGCGGAGGGUACAAAUACAUGUAUUCCAGUGUUGAUAACACCAUUUUAGACCUUAUACAUUAAGACCUGCAUAUAUGUAUCAAAAGAUAACAAAGUACAAAUUCUAAAAGCAUACUGUAACUCUUGCUGAUU